GAACAUGUUUUUACAUUUCAUCACAUAUGUCAAAAUUGAAAGUUUCAUUAUAUCAUAUCGUUAAAGCAUUUUUCCUCUCAUUUAAACCAAAACGGCAACUGUAUGGAUUCGCCUUCACCAAAUCGUUCAAACAUUUGUUAUGGUUCAGAAAAGAAUAUCCAGAUGAUACAAAGCUAAAAAAGUACUUUAGUUUGUUAACUAUACCUGAAGUUUUGGCCCAAGCUGAUGAUCUACACGAUGAAGAAAAAUUUCUCGACGUUUAUGAGCUAUUAGAUAGGAUACGUUUCAUAAACGAUCCAGAAGUAUUAUGGAGAAUAGCAAGAGCUUUGUACAACUUAAAUUUAGGUAAAGGCUUGACGAAACAAAUUAGAUUCAUUAUGAUGGAUGAAGCGUUAUUCGUUUUGGAGACUGCACUUGGAAAUGGAGGAUCCAACAACGCAGAAGUCCAUAAAUGGAUGGCCAUCAUUCUAGACACUCAUUGUGGCCUGAUUAAUCUCGAAAGCAGGGUGAAAUAUGCACCAAUGGUCAGAAAUCAUCUAGAAAAAGCCUGCGAAUUGAAUCCUAAUGACUUUACAUCCUAUUACAUGAUGGGACACUGGUGUUACCAAAUGUGUCGGUUGACUAAAUUCCAGCGGUUCAUAGCUAAAUAUUUUAUAGCUGCUGAACCGCCUGAGUCUGAUUAUGAAGUAGCUUACAAAUAUCUGCAACGAGCAGAAGAACUACGGCCCAGAGUGGUACUAGCCAAUUUGUAUUUGUUGGGUGACACGUGUCAUCAGAUUGGGCAGUACUUUAAAGCAAAGUAUUACUUGAACUUGGCCGUUAAUUUAAAAUCAAAUAAUGAAAAUGAUAAACAUAUAGCGCUCCAAGCGAAACAAUUAUUAAAAAAAUUACAGAGAUAUGAAUUGGGAAGGAAUGUUCUAUUUUAUGAUCCAUUAAGUUUUAAUGAUCAAAUUUAAAAUUUAAUCAUUUUAUCGACGCUUUUAUUAGUAUAUAAUAUUAUUUAUUAUACCUAUAUAAAUAUAGAUUGUACAACAUUAUUCAUAUUAACGUUUACA